AUGGGCUCUCCUAAAGAUCACCUUCCUCCCAUUUCGGAGGACACCAUACGGGCUCUCUUCGCAUUUCUCGACCUACCGCCGCCACAGUCGGUAUCUACUUUGUCUACUACAGCAGAGUAUCAUUCGAUUUAUGUCAUUUCAUUUGCGCCCGAAGUGGCCGAUGCCGCUUUUCCGACGCUUUCACGGUCCAACAAGGAUUGCGUUGAGCUUAUCCUGCGCAUCUCUGGCCCUCACCUACCCCGCAUCAAAACCAUCAACGAAGUCGCCGCGAUGACUUGGCUGCAACAAAACACUCGGUUGCCUGUAGCCAAAGUCAUACGUUAUGAUGCCAGCACCAAUAAUCCACUGGGCCACGAAUUCACUCUUCUGCAGCGACUCCCUGGCGUCACAGUCAGCGAGAUUUAUGAUCGACUCCCACCACAGCUGCUUGACAGUAUCAUCAAUCAGAUGGUAGACAUCGUACAGCAAAUGCAUGCAGUCUCUUGGGAUGGUGUGUCCGGCCUUCAAUUUGACCAUGACGGAAACGUUGUCCCGGGACCUAUAAUAGAGGAGACGUUCUGGCAGCAGCCUGAUGUGGUCAAAUACUGGCCUGAGUCAGAGUCAGUCCAAUCCCUCAAUAUUAGCGGUCCUUACAAUUGCUACACCGAUUACAUAGCCGCGAUGGUGCGUGUUUAUCAACAUGCAAUUCGCCUUCAUCCAUCAUUGGCAGAUAUGAGAGAUAUACUACCGCGCCUUGAUCUCUUUGUAAACAUCCUGUCUGAGUUCCCGGAGCUCAAUAAGACCAGAUAUUUCCUCGCACACAAAGACUUGCAUUUUGCAAACAUCAUGUGCGAUGAGUCGAGUGGCCUGAUAACUGGAAUUUUGGACUGGGAAUUCUCCAGCAUCGUGCCUGCACCCCGCUGGAAUCCUGUCGGGGCAUUUCUUUGGAAUGGUCAGUACUCUGAGGGAGCUAUGGCAGAGAGAGAUCGUCUCAAGACCUUGUUUACAGAAUGUUGCGCCGCACGGGGAUUGAAGUCGCUGAUAGAUGAGACGAAACCAAACUCGGUAAUGCAGGGGGCUAUGCAGGAAGCUAUUAACUACUUGCGUGCAAUCGUGGAGGUGCGCCCACGGGGUCAAAAGGAAGAAAGGGUGCCCAGCUGGCGUUCCACUCUUGAAUCCCAGCUAAAGAUUCUGGGUGUUUGA